AUGGCUCCUCCAGCUGCUUCAGCGCGUUAUCCCUCACCGUCUCAACCUUCAGGGAAAAGCGAAGUGACAGAUCUGAAAUCUCAGCUUCGUCAGCUAGCCGGAAGCAGAGCUCCAGGAGUCGAUGAUUCAAAGCGCGACCUCUUCAAGAAAGUCAUAUCCUACAUGACUAUCGGCAUUGACGUCUCGUCCGUAUUCGGAGAAAUGGUCAUGUGCUCGGCUACAUCAGACAUUGUCCUCAAGAAGAUGUGUUAUCUUUACGUUGGAAACUACGCCAAGGGAAAUCCUGAUCUCUCCCUUUUGACGAUCAAUUUUCUCCAGAGGGAUUGUAAAGAUGAGGAUCCUAUGAUCCGUGGACUUGCACUGAGGAGUUUGUGUUCUUUGCGAGUGCCGAAUCUUGUUGAGUAUCUGCUUGGUCCUUUGGGGAGUGGGCUGAAGGAUAAUAACAGCUAUGUGAGAACUAUUGCUGUAACUGGAGUGCUGAAGUUGUAUCACAUCUCGGCCUCGACGUGUAUUGAUGCUGAAUUUCCCGCGACUUUGAAGAGUUUGAUGCUUCAUGAUUCAGAUGCUCAGGUUGUUGCCAAUUGCCUGGCUGCACUUCAAGAAAUUUGGAGUUUGGAAGCAAGCCACUCUGAAGAGGCGUGUCGGGAGAAGGAAUCUUUGCUUAGCAAGCCACUUAUAUAUUAUUUCUUGAACCGGAUCAAGGAAUUCAAUGAAUGGGCGCAGUGUCUUAUACUUGAGUUGGCUGUAAAAUAUGUGCCUUCAGAUAGUAAUGAUAUUUUUGACAUUAUGAAUCUGUUGGAGGACAGGCUUCAGCAUGCGAAUGGUGCUGUUGUCUUGGCAACAGUCAAAGUGUUUCUGCAGUUGACACUCUCCAUGACUGAUGUUCAUCAACAGGUGUAUGAGCGUAUUAAAUCUCCACUUUUGACUCUCGUUAGUUCUGGAAGUCCAGAGCAGUCGUAUGCAAUCUUGAGCCACCUACAUCUUUUGGUUGUCCGUGCGCCAUUCAUCUUCGCCUCAGAUUAUAAGCAUUUCUACUGCCAGUACAAUGAACCAUCAUAUGUCAAAAAGCUGAAGCUUGAGAUGUUGACUGCUAUUGCAAAUGAAAGCAACACUUACGAAAUCGUGACGGAACUGUGCGAGUAUGCUGCAAAUGUUGAUAUUGAAAUUGCAAGGGAAUCAAUUCGGGCGGUUGGGAAGAUUGCUUUGCAGCAGUAUGAUGUGAACGCGAUUGUUGAUAGACUUCUUCAGUUUCUGGAGAUGGAAAAGGACUAUGUCACUGCUGAAACUUUGGUUCUUGUGAAGGAUCUUCUAAGGAAGCAUCCACAAUGGAGCCAUGAUUGCAUUUCUGUUGUUGGCGGUAUCAGCAGCAAAAACAUUCAGGAACCCAAAGCCAAGGCGGCUCUUAUAUGGAUGUUGGGUGAAUAUGCCCAGGACAUGAGUGAUGCUCCUUAUAUUUUGGAGAAUCUGAUAGAGAACUGGGAGGAAGAGCAUUCGGCUGAGGUCCGGUUGCAUCUCUUAACUGCAGCUAUGAAAUGCUUUUUCAAGAGGGCACCUGAGACUCAGAAAGCCCUGGGGAUAGCGCUAGCUGCAGGAAUUGCUGAUUUUCACCAGGAUGUUCACGAUCGAGCCUUGUUCUACUAUCGGGUUCUGCAACACGAUGUGCAUGUGGCAGAACGUGUUGUUAGUCCUCCACAACAGGCGGUUUCAGCCUUUGCUGACACUCAAAGCAGUGAAAUCAAAGACCGUAUAUUUGAUGAGUUUAACAGCCUUUCUGUGAUCUACCAGAAGCCAUCUUACAUGUUCACGGAUAAGGAACACCGAGGGCCCUUUGAGUUUUCAGACGAAAUUGGAAAUAUUCCCAUCACACCUGAAACUUCCAGUGACAUUGUUCCAGCUCAGCAAUAUGAGGCAAAUGACAAGGACCUGCUUCUGAGUACUGACGAGAAGGACGACAACAAAGGACUUUCCAGUAACAAUGGUUCCGCUUACACGGCUCCAUAUGAAAACUCUAAUAUAUCCUCGCAAAUGCAAGAACUUGCAAUCUCCGGCCCUGCCACGUCCGCAACUACCACACAAUCUAGCUUUGAUUUUGAUGAUCUCCUUGGUUUGGGUCUAACAGCAGCUCCUGCUCCAACACCGUCACCACCUCUUUUAAAGCUUAACCCAAGAGCUUCUCUAGAUCCACGUGCCUUCCAACAGAAAUGGCGCCAACUGCCCAUAUCAUUAACACAGGAGUUUUCCGUAAACCCCCAGGGAAUCGCGGCCUUGACAGUUCCACAAUCACUUAUCAAACACAUGCAGAGUCAUUCCAUUCACUGCAUCGCAUCGGGAGGUCAAGCUCCAAACUUCAAGUUCUUCUUCUUUGCUCAAAAGGAAGCAGAACCCUCGGACUAUCUCACUGAGUGUAUCAUAAACUCUUCAUCGGCCAAAGCUCAGAUAAAAGUGAAAGCAGACGAGCAGAGUACCUCUCAGGCAUUCGCCACUGUAUUUGAAACAGCCUUGUCCAAAUUUGGCAUGCCUUGA